UGAAUCGCCAUCCCUGGAUGUGUUUAAGAGCCGUUUGGAUGUGGUGCUCAGGGAUAUGAUUUAGCAGAGGGUUGUUAGUUAUGGUGCUAUGAUUAGGCGGAGGUUGGACGUGAUGAUCUUCGAGGUCUUUUCCAACCUGGGAAAUUCUAUGAUUCUAUGAAAAGAAACACGAACAACAGGAAAACUGCACUGAUUUGGUGGAGCCCGUGAGAUGGGAUCCACACAGCGGGCAGAACUGGACUAAAGGCUGACAGAGAGCAUCAAUACCUUAACAGAAGACAUCAAUACCUUAACAGAGAGCAUCACAUGUUAACAGAGGGCACCAGCACGUUCCCCUUCGAUGUCCUUAAGAGCUUCUCUGGCUGUCACGGCUCUCUUUGGGACAAGAGGAGCCGUUGUGGGGGAUCAGAGGGUUCGGAAUAAGGUGUUGGGGGUGAUGGUGGAGGAGCAACAGUGGGCCGGCAAUGGGCUGACAAUGGGCCGAAAAUGGGCCGACAAUGGGCCGGCAAUGGGCUGACAGACAAUGAUCUGACAGACAAUGAUUUAACAGACAACGGGCCGAACUCUUGUCCCGCUUGGAAAUGCCUGAUCUCGAGGUCACUGAGCUCCGAACUUCAUCCCAACCGAGAUGCAGCGAUCAGAGUUGAUGCCACCCUCGGACCAAUCGCAGCGCGUCUUUCACCUGCCACGAGUGGCUCGUCCAAUGGGAGGCGGCGUUGCUCUUCCCGUCCCGCCUCGGAGCCAAUCAGCAGCGAGCUACGAGGAGGUGGGCGGGACUCGGCGAAACCGAAAGUAAAACCAAAAGCCGGCCGUGAUGGCGGCUGCCCCAACCCACUCCCUGCCCCCCAGAGCAGUGGAUGCUGUUCUUGCCCGGUGUGGCCAUCAAGGUGGUGGGGACCAUCACCCAGCAGCAUCACGCUGCAGCUCGUUUCCUAUCAGGGCUCACGCAGUACAUCCCCUGAUAGCAGCCAGGCGUUGUCAAUUUGGGGCAGCGCGGGGUUUUCUGGGAAGCACAGGAAGCAGCAGCUGAAGACAGGCUGUGGGGUGUGGGGGGAGGUUUCCUGUGCUGCUGUAGACAGCAGUAAAACCAUGGAGGCUGCGGUGCCCCCAAUGGCAGCUCCGCUCUGCCUGGUGCACAACGAAGACUGCAAACUGUCCCUCAACCCCGCAGCGCUGGCAGUUCUGCGUGGUGUCACGCAGCCCGUGGUGGUGGUGGCCAUGGUUGGGCCUUUAGGCUCUGGGAAGUCCUUCCUGAUGAAGCGACUGGCACAGAAGUGCACAGGCUCCCCGCUAGGCAGUGCGGCGCAGACACAAACAAAGGGCAUCUGGAUGUGGUGUCUGCCCCAUCCCUGCAAACCUGGCGUGGCACUGGUGCUGCUGGACACUGAGGGGCUGGGAGAGGCCAACAAGGGUGACAGCCACAGCGACAUCUGGAUCUUCACGUUGGCGCUGCUCCUUUCCAGCACCUUCGUGUUCAACUGCAAGCAAAGCACCAACGACUCGAUGCUGCAGAAGCUGUGGCUGCUGAUGGAUCUGACACACCAUGUGCGUGUGCGAGUGAAGGCGGACAAAGCUGAGCCAGCCGAUGAGUUCGUCCGAGUCUUCCCUGGCUUUGUGUGGGUCGUGCGUGACUUUAGGCUGCAGGAGGGACAGCAGCCCAUCAGUGGGGAUGAGUACCUGCGGCAGAUCCUGCACUCAGGUCUUGCGUCCCCAUCUGCCACUGUGUGUCAAAUGCUCAUACACUCAGAGCCACACAUUGUUUCUACUCUUGCUUCUUCCCCAGUCAGGGUCAUCAUCCCAUGGGGGUUAUACGCCCCUGGACGCAGCCUCUGUUCUCAGUGUCUUCUUCCACACCCCCUCAAACUUGUAGGGAUCUUUAAGAUGAAGCACAGAAACCUGCGGGACUACCUGUACAGCUUCUUCCCCCACCGCAUUUUCAUGCUGGAGCAGCCGGCGGCUGACAGAGACCUGGCUCGGCUGGAGGCGCUGCGGGAGGAUCAGCUGCAGCCACAAUUCCGCCAACACGAGGAGGAUUUCUGCCAGCACAUCUGGAAGGAGGCACCAGUGAAGGUGCUGCUGAACAGGAGCCAGGUGACAGGCAGAGUGCUGGCGUGUCUAGUGGAGACGUACGUGACCGCCAUCACCAGCGGCUCCGUGCUCUGCGUGGAGAGCGCGCUCAUGGUGGUGGCAGACACUGAGAACAGCAGAGCGGUGGAGGAGGCGGUGGCUGAAUAUCAGCGGGGCAUGGAGCAGGGCCUGGUGCUGCCCAUGGCCUCGCACGCUACGCUGGUGGCCAUGCAUCAGGACUGGAAGCAACGUGCCGGCACCUUCUUCCUGUCCCACGCCUUUACCGACACCAGGCGGUGUUACCAGGCACUGCUGAUGGACAAGCUGGAGGCAGUCAAGGAGGAGUUCUGCCGGCGCAACGAGGAGGCGUCGGAGCAGCGGUGCCGCGCGGUGCUGCAGGAGCUGUGGAGGGGCGUGGAGCUCCACAUGCAGUGUGGGCACUACGCGGUGCCGGGGGGCAUGCGGCUGUUCCAGGAGGAGUUGAAGCGUGUGGUGGAGGAGUUCAAGCAGAUGCCUGACAAGGGUGUCAAGGCGGAGGCGGUGCUGGAGAAGUUCCUGCGGGUGAAGAGAAUGGAGAUGAUGGAGAUGUGGCUGGAUCGGGUGGACCAGCAGUGUAAGGCGGUGCUGGCUGAGGCGACAGCCACAGCACAGGUGAUGGAGGAGCGGCUGGAGGAGCGGCUGGAGGAGCACAGACAGCAGCAGAGGGCUGAGCUGAUGAAGCUGAGGGAGCUGAAGGAGGCGGUGGAGCUGCGGAUCUGCAUCCUGGAGAAGCAGCAGGAGGUGAUGUUGGCUGAGGUGCCAGCGGCCAAAAUGGCGGUGGAGGAGCAGCAGCAGCAGCAGGCAGCCCUGGACAUGGUGACAGCUGCACAAGAGGCAGCAGAGGCACAGCUGGAGGAGCAGCGGCGGCAGCAGCGGGUGGUGUUGGCUGAGGUGACAGCAGUCAAGGAGGCAAUGGAGAAGCAGCUGGAGGAGCAGCGGCAGCAGCAGCAGGUGGUGUUGGCUGAGGUGACAGCAGUCAAGGAAGCAAUGGAGAAGCAGCUGGAGGAGCAGCGGCAGCAGCAGCAGCGGGUGGCCCUGGCCGAGGUGACUGCCACCCCAUACGUGACCGUGGCACAGCUGGAGGAGCGCUGGCAGCAGUGGGCGCAGCAGCUGCGGGAGGAGCAGAACCAAGUGCUGUCUCAGCACCGGGAGGAGCUGGAGGCACAGCUGCAGGAGGGCCAUGGGCGCGAGGCGGCAGCGCUGCAGUGGGUGGAGCCCUCCUGGCGCUCCAGGCUCUUGAAAUUCCUAGGCGUGGUCAUUCCCAUCCUGAGAAUAUUGGACAGCAUGGUGAAGAAUGCCACAUAAAGGGCACUGAUGAAGACGUUGAAGGAGGCCGGACCCAGCACGACACAAGGAGCAGCACUCCCUGCAGGGCUCCUGCCAGUUCUGCUCCAUUUCUGCUGUUGGCAGCUCUCGGGUUGCCCGUGGUGGUGUUCAGGAUGCUCGAAAUGGUGGUGGCAGCACUCAGGAUGGGGACGCUCUGAUGGGACAUCCCAAAUUUGGGGGUUAUUUCAUACUAAAACAACACAGUAAAACAUUACGUGUUUUA